AUGGGAGAAACUGAUACAAGGGUUGCAACCCAUGGGGGAGGAUGCUUUUCCAAGAUGAAGGUGUUUCUGUUUUCAUUAACAAUGGCGUAUGUAGCCAAAUCACUAUCAGGAGUUUACAUGAAUUCAAUGCUCACACAAAUAGAGAGACAAUUCAAUAUCCCCACAUCUAUAGUUGGAUUGAUCAAUGGGAGCUUUGAAAUUGGAAACCUUUUGUUGAUUAUAUUUGUGAGUUAUUUUGGAACAAAACUGCACAGGCCUAUUGUGAUUGGUGUUGGAUGUGUGUUUAUGGGACUAGGGUGUUUCGUAAUAUCACUUCCUCACUUCCUGAUGGGCCGAUAUGAAUAUGAAAAAACAAUUUCACCUGCAAGCAACUUGUCCUCAGACAUCUUCUUGUGUUCGGGAAACAGAACCCAGACCUUAAUGCCAACACCAGACCCAAAAGAGUGUGUAAAAGAAAUUAAAUCCUUAAUGUGGAUAUAUGUAAUGAUAGGAAAUCUUAUCCGUGGAAUUGGUGAAACACCAAUCAUGCCCUUGGGUAUUUCCUACAUAGAAGAUUUUGCCAAAUCUGAAAACUCCCCUUUAUAUAUUGGAAUUUUAGAAACAGGAAAGGUUGUUGGCCCUUUGAUUGGACUUUUAUUAACAUCCUUCUGUGCAACCAUAUAUGUAGACACUGGGUCUGUAAAUACAGAUGACCUGACCAUAACUCCCACUGACACACGCUGGGUCGGUGCUUGGUGGGUCGGCUUUUUGAUCUGUGCAGGAGUGAAUAUCCUGACCAGCAUCCCCUUUUUCUUUCUUCCCAAUAAACUCCCAAAGAAUGGACUAGAGGAUAAUGUGGAUGUGGCUAAAAGUGACGGAGAAGAGAAACACCAAGGAAAAACCAAGGAGGAAAAACUCGGAAUCACUAAAGAUUUCUUGCCUUUCAUGAAGAGCCUCUUCUGCAAUCCAAUUUACAUUCUUUUCAGCCUUAUAAGUGUGCUCCAGGUCAAUGCUUUUAUCAUUUCAUUUACCUUCAUGCCUAAAUACCUGGAGCAGCAGUAUGGAAAAUCAACUGCAGAGAUAGUCUUUCUCAUAGGUCUUUAUAGCUUACCUCCAAUAUGCAUUGGAUAUUUAAUUGGUGGCUUGAUUAUGAAAAAGUUCAAGAUUACUGUCAAGAAAGCUGCAUACAUAGCAUUCUGCCUAGCCUUGGCUGAGUACCUUCUAUCAUUCUUAAACUUUAUGUGGACCUGUGACAAUUUCCCAGUUGCUGGCUUAACUGCAUCUUAUGAACAUGAACGAAUUCAGCAGCCUUUGUAUGUGGAGAAUAAAGUCCUUGCUGACUGCAACACAAGGUGUAACUGCUUAACUAAAACAUGGGAUCCAGUGUGUGGAGACAAUGGCCUAGCAUACAUGUCAGCCUGCCUUGCAGGCUGUGAGAAGUCUGUUGGAACAGGAAUCAACAUGGUGUUUCAAAAUUGCAGCUGUAUUCAGUCUUCAGGAAAUGCAUCUGCAGCUCUUGGGUUAUGUAAAAAAGGCCCUGACUGUACUAUCAAGCUGCAGUACUAUUUCAUUGUGGUAGUAUUUUGCUGUUUCAUCUACUCACUAGCAGCCAUACCUGGGUACAUGGUUCUUCUGAGGUGUAUCAAGUCUGAAGAGAAAUCCCUUGGAGUUGGAUUGCAUGCCUUUUGCAUAAGAGUAUUUGCUGGCAUUCCAGCACCUAUGUACUUUGGUGCCUUGAUAGACAGAACCUGUUUACACUGGGGAACUCUGAAAUGUGGUGAACCAGGGGCAUGCAGGAUGUAUGAUAUAAAUGAACUCAGGAACAUUUACAUUGGCGUGCCUGCAGCACUAAGAGGAUCAAGCUUUCUCCUAGCGUUCUUCAUUCUAAUACUCAUGAGAAAGCGCCAGCUCCCUGGGGAAAUUGACUCCUCAGAAACUGAGCUUGCAGAGAUGAAGCUCAUAGAGAAGAAAAGCGAGGGCGUGGAUGUGCACAGAAGUCCUGGGGUUGAGAAUGACGGGGAACUGAAAACUAAGCUGUAA